UAUCUUUCAAAUACACUCUCAUACUAAGAGACCAUGGCCAAGGGUGGGAAAGGCCCCAAGGGCAAGAAGAUCACUCUCAAUGUGGCCAAGAAUUGCAUCAAAAUCACCUUUGAUGGGAAAAAACGCCUUGAUCUGAGCAAGAUGGGAAUCACCACCUUUCCCAAGUGCAUCCUGCGCCUCAAUGAUGUGGACGAGCUCGACCUCAGCCGGAACCUCAUCAGGAAGAUCCCAGACUCCAUCUCCAAGUUCCAGAACCUGCGGUGGCUGGAUCUGCACAGCAACUACAUCGACAAGAUCCCUGAGUCCAUUGGUCAGAUGACCUCCCUGCUCUUCCUCAAUGUGAGCAACAACAGGCUGACCACAAACGGGCUGCCGGUGGAGCUGAACCAGCUUAAGAACAUCCGCACUGUGAAUCUGGGCCUCAACCACCUGGACAGUGUGCCCACCACGCUGGGGGCACUGAAGGAGCUCCAUGAGGUGGGGCUACAUGACAACCUGCUGAAUACCAUCCCUGCCAGCAUCGCCAAGCUCCCCAAACUGAAGAAGCUCAACAUAAAAGGGAACCCCUUUCCAAAGGCAGAUGAGACAGACGCAUUUGUGGACACCAUCAAAAGGCUGGAAAACCUCUAUCUGGUGGAAGAGAAGGAUCUGUGUACAGCGUGCCUGCAAAAAUGCCAACAGGCCAGGGACAAGUUGAACAAAAUCAAGAGCAUGGCCCCCAUGACACCAAGAAAGGCCAUCUUUUCCAAUUUGGUUUCCCCCAACUCAAUGGCCAAGGAUUCCCAGGAGGACUGGAGGAUGCGCUCACCAUCUACCUCCUAGAGUACCUUAUGGCAAAAACAUGAAGACCAAUCAGCCAACAGAAAUAAACGACUUUGAAGAGGAAAAGUCCCAAAUUAGAAGACAGAGUGGCAGAGGGAACAUUCUGGAAGACAGGCUCUCCGAUGCUACCCAAAUUAUUGAAUUGCUUUAUAAAUUUCACUUUGUUUCCCUUGGUUCUAGGCUCCCUCCUUGUGAAAUGCCUUUGGAAGAGGUUUUGUGUGGUUUUCUGCAUGUACGUAAAAAGAGCAUCUAAGAAAAUCAAAGAUUUUAUAAAUUAAUAGGUAAUUAAAGUCUUAAAAGCCUACAUUAAGACUGAAAGUUUCAGUCAAAAUGGUACAUUCUCAUUACCAGUAACUUGUAAAAAUUACAUGUACAUAAUUACAUGUAAUUAUCAGGAGAUAAAACAUAUAAAAUAUGCACAAAGAGAAAUGUACUCAAACAUACUAUAGAUAAGUUAAAGCCAAAUUUUAACUAUCCCCUUAGUUGUACACAAA